GGUAUUAACUAAAUGCUAACAUUCGUCAACGCUAUCGCUAACGUAAACAACACAUCGUGCUAUUUACAAAUUUAAAUUUUUAUUAAAAUGCCUAACUGGAAUCAAAUCCAAACUCAACUGCGGAGCAGCGUCAACCCUGUUGUGUUCUUUGACAUAGCUGUAGGAACCACAGAGAUUGGACGCAUUAUUUUCGAGUUGUUCGCCGACGCUGUACCCCGUACUGCAGAAAAUUUUCGACAAUUUUGUACAGGAGAAUACCGUCCAGAUGGAGUGCCUAUAGGAUAUAAGGGGGCAAGUUUCCACCGAGUAAUUAAAGACUUUAUGAUCCAGGGCGGCGAUUUUGUGCAAGGCGACGGAACUGGGGUAACAAGCAUUUAUGGUAUUAAAUUUUCAGACGAGAACUUUAUAUUGAAACACGAUUCCCCCGGGCUACUGGCUAUGGCCAACAGCGGCAAAGAUACCAAUGGCUGUCAGUUUUUCAUCACAUGCGCCAAGUGCAACUUUCUCGAUGGUAAGCAUGUUGUCUUCGGAAGAGUAUUGGAUGGAUUACUUAUAAUGCGAAAAAUUGAAAAUGUUCCGACUGGGCCAAAUAAUAAACCAAAACUGCCGAUUACUAUCUCACAAUGUGGGCAGAUGUAGUUUUAAUAAUGAAUAAAAAAAUUUAAAUAU